GCGCCGGGGAAGGAGGCGGGGGGGCGGCGGCUGCGGCGGAGGGGCCGAGAGCUGGCGGCGGCGGCGGUGGUGGUCGUGAAGGGCAUCGGUGGCGGUGACGGAGAUGAUCUGAAGAUGGAAAGAGCCAGGCGAAGGGGAGGAGGAGGCGGCGGCGGCGGCGGCGGCGGUGGUGGCGGCGGCCGUGGCCGCGGAGGCAAGAAUGUAGGGGGCUCUGGCCUAAGCAAGAGUAGACUCUAUCCCCAGGCCCAGCACUCGCACUACCCCCACUACUCCGCGUCAGCCACCCCUAAUCAGGCUGGGGGCGCAUCCGAAAUCCAGGAGCUGGCCUCCAAGCGAGUGGACAUCCAGAAAAAGAGGUUUUACCUAGACGUGAAGCAAAGCUCCCGGGGCCGCUUCCUAAAGAUAGCUGAAGUCUGGAUAGGGAGAGGCCGGCAGGACAAUAUCAGAAAGAGUAAACUGACCCUCUCCCUGUCAGUGGCCGCAGAGCUGAAGGACUGUCUGGGCGAUUUCAUCGAACACUAUGCCCACCUGGGCCUGAAAGGCCACAGGCAAGAGCAUGGCCAGAGCAAAGAGCAAGUCUCCAGGAGGCGGCAGAAGCACUCUGCACCCUCCCCGCCAGUGUCGGUGGGGUCAGAAGAGCAUCCUCACAGUGUCCUCAAGACAGACUAUAUAGAGAGGGACAAUAGAAAAUACUACCUAGACCUGAAGGAGAAUCAGCGAGGUCGCUUCCUAAGGAUUAGACAGACCAUGAUGCGGGGCACUGGCAUGAUAGGUUAUUUUGGCCACAGUUUGGGCCAGGAACAGACUAUCGUCCUCCCAGCACAAGGAAUGAUUGAAUUUCGUGAUGCCUUGGUUCAGCUGAUUGAAGACUAUGGCGAAGGAGAUAUAGAAGAGCGAAGAUGUGGAGACAACGACGAGCCACUUGAACUCCCAGAGGGGACCUCUUUCAGAGUGGACAAUAAAAGGUUCUACUUUGAUGUGGGCUCUAAUAAAUAUGGAAUUUUCCUGAAGGUAAGUGAGGUGAGGCCACCUUACCGUAAUACUAUUACUGUUCCAUUCAAAGCUUGGACAAGGUUUGGGGAGAAUUUUAUCAAGUAUGAAGAAGAGAUGAGGAAAAUUUGCAACAGCCAUAAGGAAAAGAGAAUGGAUGGCAGAAGGGCCAGUGGUGAAGAACAAGAAUGCCUCGACUAGCAGGAAAUUGAACUCCAUCAGGCAAAAUUUAAAAAUCAUUAAUUGGCUAAAAGUACUGAUCCAUAAUCAUUUGAAGAAGUUUUUCCUCUUUUGGGCCCUUUGUUAUUAGUAAUACCUCUAAUAGUUUAUACUUCAAGAAGUCUGAUUCUCACGUUAUGUUAUGCAUAGAUCACUAGAAUUCUCAUGGGAAUUCUAACCUCCCCAGAGCUAAAUAGUUUAGCUGCUUCAGCUGCUCCAGACGAUUGAAGUAUGCAGAUCAGCACAAAGUGUGACAUUCUGACCUUUUAAACACCCUAAGAUUUACAUUGCACUAUGACAUAAUCCUGAAAACGAUGCAUCUACUUAAUAUGAAAAGUAUGAAUUUCUGUUUUAACAAAUCCUCCCCCCAAAGAAAGUCCCAUUCAUACUCCAUCAAAAGUUGCCAAGUUGACCUGUAGGACAGUUACCACAGAAAUAGAAAUUGACCUCAAAUAUAGUAUAUUUCUUUAUGAAAGUACAAGUAGGAAUAUAUUGUUCAUUGGAUAACCAAAUAUUAACUAGUACCACUCUAAAAGAGCAAAUAUCGUUAGAUAAUUAAACCUUUAAAAAUACAGUAUCGUAUUCCUAACAGUUACUAUAUAUAGUGUUCUAUAAUUUCAAAUUUUGUGGUAACCCUACAGUUUUCGAUGCCGUAUCAAAGCCAUGGAAGAGUUUUAAUUGAUUAUUCUCUGUUUCCUAUAGUACAUAUUUUAUUGACUUUCCAAAGUUUGGGGGAUUACGUUUCUGUCACUGUUGAGAGGGAGGCUUCACCCAGUGGCUUUGCUAUGGAGAUUUUGAUGUUUUAGCCUUUUGUGGUAAUUUGCAAUCGUUUUUUCCUCGAAAUCUGUCAUGGACUUUCAAAGUGUUGUAUUUUACGCCUCCCCUUUCAUGUGUUUCAUAGGGCUGGCGCACCAGUUGACUGAUGUAAAAAUACAUCUACUAAUACAUUUUAGUAGCACUUUAGCAUUUGCGGCCCUUAAAACCAUGUCAAACUUCCAAUAUAAACCUGAUAUUGAUACAGAUACUUUAAUUCCAGAAGAAAAAACCUUUUUUUUUUUUCUGAGAAGAAAAAAACAAAACAUUUAGAAUACAAAAUUGCAGUCUGGGAAAUAACAAUAUUUAGAAACAAGAUUGAUUAUAAACAUUUAAAAGGAAUAUUCAGGCAAUUUCCAAGGUGCUCCUUAACAAUUCUUAAAGAGGUUUACUCUAUCCAAGACAUACCCAUUUGCCUGUAUUAAAAAUCACUUUUCCAGAAAGUGCCACCUGAACUUUUAAACACUCAAGCAAUUUUUUAAAAAGUGGGUAUAGAAUACACAUAUACCAACACCCCUUAUUAGCUGACUGAAAUUUCAUCUGUUGGGAUACAUUGUCUUCUAAAUGAAAUUGUGUUUUGUCCUGGGAUCAGUUACUGCCUCACAGUCAGUCCAUAUAGUCAUGUUUAAGAGGCAGACACUGAUCUCAACUCCCCAAAUACAGUUCUCAUGGGUGAGAGCUGGCUGCGAGGAUUGAGGUCAGAAUGUGGCUCUUCUCUGACAUGCUGUAAGCAAUUCAGAAUUCAUCUGUAACAGUUUUCCCUCCAGAACUUUUCCCCAAACACAUUACACUUAGGUCACUUAAAGAAACUAUGGAAUGAAUUAAGAAAAUGGAUUUCAUUGGUUUAUGUUACUUAAGAACAAGCAGCUAGUAACCCAGACAUACAGGCUGGUGUUGGUUGCAGAUUUUAUUACACGUUUCUCGAAGUACUAUGAUGGAAUCUCACUCAGUUCAUUAUCAUUGGGAACCUUCUGGAUCACUAUGGAACAACUGAAGGUUAGAAGAUCAUGUUAGUACUAAAGUUCAUAGCACAUGGUGGGUGUCGAGACCAUAAAAGUAGCAAGGAUUCUUCCGCAGUCCUAACUGUAAAAUAACGUAACUAUGUAGGCUUGCUAAAAAGUAGUUUUGGGUAUAUGAAGGAGUGGUGUGCACUUGAAUUACUGUACUACUGAUUGUUAUUGCUGCCCAUCAUAGUGCCUAUUAAUAAUAAUCAACCUGUCAGAUUUCGGCGAACUGGAGCUGUGAAUAUUCCAUUAUUCAAUUGUUCCUAUCACUAUUGCUGUGAGUGUAUGCUCUUUCUGAAAAUCUUAUCUUCCUUUUUAAAAUAUUUAUAUCCAUUAGGACUGACUGAUUUCUUUUUGGUUUUUAGUCCGAUGAGGUUUGAGUGUGUAUAUACAUACGUGCAUAUAUACACAUGGUACUGUGUCAGACAUGAAGAUAAAUAUAUUUAAUUCACUGUAUAUACAUAUUAUUAGCUUCAUUUCACAUUAAUUAUUUAAGUAAAGAACUAGUUAAAUAGCCAGAUUUUCUACCUUGUAUGUAUACUUCAAAGUUCUUGCCACCUCAAAACUACAGAUUGGGUAGAUACAUAUAUACUGGCAAUUGAACACACUCUAGAAUCACUAAGACUCUACCAAUCCUUUGUUUGCCUUUACAUAGUUAAUAUAUUCAUUGAAAAAUGGUAUGAUGAUAUGAUUUUUUUGAUACUUAAAAAAUUCCCAAGAGUUCAUUAGCCAUAAUUAAGUGUGAUCCAGUUCAAACAUCUGGAUUUAGGAUGUGUAUUGCCAUGUAUCUUAUAAAAUAAGCUAUUUUUAUCUGUGCAAUAUAAAUUUUAUUUAUUGUCAUUUGUAACAUAAAUGGAGCUGCAAGUGUACAUGGUAUUCUUCAAAAUAACAGGAUCCUUGCCUUGAAGGCAUUAAACUCUUAAGGAAACUGGAUGUUAGAAGUAAAAAAUGAGCAUUGAAGUUAGUAACCAAAAUUACUAGUUUACUGUAUAAUGCUAAAACACUGAUGAUGUUUGCACAUAGUAAUUGAGCAUAAUGUGGAUGGACUCAAACUGUAAUAAUAUAAGCUAAUAGUAUAAAAUCUGGAAACGGGUUCCUCAGUAGUUGGCAGUGUGCUCCUAGCAGUUGAAAGCAGCACUAAUGUGCCACUUAUAUGCAAAAGAUGCAAUGUAUUAUAAAGAUAUUCAAGUUCUGCCACAUUUUAUUAUUUUCCUUCUUAAAGCCCCAAACUGCCAUGUCCCUUAAACUUGAGUCAAACACAAGCUUAUUUGCACUAAAGAGCAUGGCCAAAAAAUUAAAUGACAGGGUGGAAGAGCUACUUAGAGCCUAUUGAAAUAAUUGGUUCUAAUGGGAGAAUUUCACAUUUGUCUAUUUGAAAGCUAUAUGGUCCAGGCAGACAAUCUGUCAGUUCACUAAUUUAAUAAUGCACUUUACCUUUUGUAUAUAGAAGAUGUACAUUGAUGCCCCUUGACAGGCAGGAUGUGUUUCAGUAACUAUGUAGUUAGAAUCUGUAGGGUGAUCCUUGCAUGCACACGUUUGUAUUAGAACUCUUGUAACAGGUUUCCAUUAAGUCGAUGUAAUGGAGAAGGACAGAAGAUGGGUUUAAAACAAUUCUCGGUUCAUUUAACGAGGCAUUUUAAGGUAGAUUUCAUAUUUGUAUUAAGGACUAGAAUAAUAUAAAACUAUUCCUAAUCCAGAUUAGCUUUGUAGUUCAGACUAUAUCUACUUGAGACUUCCCAUAAUACUCUAAAAAUUCAAUUGGGGAAUCUGGCCACAUAACUUUUUUAAUAAUUCUGUUUCAUUGUUAAAAUGUGUUUAAGUUACUAAUAAAAAGGCAGUACAUGCUACAGCAGUAGAAUUAAAAGUAUGGUUAGCUUAUGUUUUAAAAAAAUCACCAGACUAAAGAAAUAAAGUUUCAAGUAAGGAAUAUAAAGAGCUUUAUAAGUUGCUAAAGUAAAUAGGAUAUUUCAAAAUCUGCAAAAGUAUUAACCUUCACCAACUCACAAGGGGACUGGGGGAUUUGGUGUAUCCUUCUACCCUGAACACAUUUGAAGAUGUAUAUUUGAAAACUAGAUAACUGUUGCUUAAUAAUAGGUUGUAUGUACUUUACUGAGAAACACUGUGUACUAACAAUUCAUCAAGAGUGUGCUAUAUUUAUUGCAUUCAUUUUAUAUCUAUAGAUAAGAAGCAUUAUAUAUAGUCAUCCUAUCUUAAUAUAAUCAUGUAUUUAUAUUGUAAUUUUGCAAAUAUUUUCAGUAAAAUAAACAUUUAUCUGAGCUGCACAAUUUGAAGAGGAUGAAAUUGGAAUAUACUCUCAGAUAGUCAUUUUUAAUCAGCAGCUACCAUUGAAAACUGAUGUAUUUAUUGUCAUUCCUUUACAUUUGUUUUAUAGUUUAUUUAAUAUUUAAAUGAAUGAGGCUUAAUUUGAAUUUUAA